CUUAGCUUGUACUAAACUUACACCUUCCGUCCACCAUUUUGCUUGUUCAUCUUCUCCUUGCAAGAUUCUCUAUCUGUAUCGCUCUGGUACGCCAAGAUGAGCCUAAAGAGCACUAACAGGAAAAUGAGGAGGGGUUUCAUGUGCCACUCUCAGGCAUCAACUGCGGUAUGCAUGAGCACCGCUGACCGUCGGUCGGUGGUAGUGCCUAGAAGACCAGAGAGAAGCAUUUUUCUUGAUGAUACCAGACUCAUCAACUAUCCCAAGUACUGCAAACUUGUUGAGACUCGCAGGCUUGAGCCUGCUGAUAAGAAAGCAUUGGCUGUUGCUGCACCGAAGAUCAAGCAGAAGAUGAGGGAGCGAGGGCAAGAUGAAGAAAAAGAGCCAAGGGCAGUUCAUCAAGCACCAACUGAUCAAGUCUUUCAGGUGGUUGUCAUGAAGGUGGCUCUUCAUUGUCAAGGUUGUGCUGGCAAAGUUAAGAAGCAUCUCUCCAAAAUGGAAGGGGUGACAUCAUUUAGCAUAGACUUGGAGACGAAGAGGGUCACAGUGAUGGGGCACAUAUCUCCUUUGGGAGUUCUUGAAAGCAUCUCCAAGGUCAAAAGGGCUGAGUUCUGGCCUUGCUAA